UUCGCAUAUUUGUCCAUAAAACAGUUUUAUUUCAUUUAUAUUCGACAACGUGGCCAAGAAAACGAUUAAAACUGAAUUGUGAUCUUGGACAAUCCGUGAUCAGUCGACACUGUUAAAGGUUAAAUCUAGGUUUGGGGUUCACAUCGAUCGGACGUGUUUUUGGGGCAGAAUCAGCCUGUGUGUGUUUGGAUUAAAGUCACUGUAGGCGAGUUUGGGACUGAAUUAAAGCUGCAAUGAGCAACCUGGAAGCGGUGGACCGGGUGGAACUAUGUGAGAGUCUCUUAACAUGGAUCCAGACGUUCGGUGUGGAGUCGCCAUGCAAAACCAUAGAAGAUCUGACGAGCGGUGUGGUCAUGGCUCAAGUUCUCCAGAAGAUAGACGCCGUGUACUUCAGCGACAGCUGGAUAAGCCGCAUUAAGUCUGAUGUCGGUGAUAAUUGGAGGUUAAAGAUCAGUAAUUUGAAGAAAAUAUUAAAAGGAAUUCUGGAUUAUAAUCAUGAGGUCCUAGGACAGCAGAUUAAUGACUUCACUUUACCAGACGUGAGUCUGAUUGGGGAGCACUCGGAUGCAGCAGAGCUCGGCCGAAUGCUGCAGCUCAUACUGGGAUGCGCUGUCAACUGUGAACAGAAGCAAGAAUACAUUCAGACCAUCAUGAUGAUGGAGGAAUCUGUGCAGCAUGUUGUAAUGACCGCCAUCCAGGAGCUCAUGAGCAAAGAAACUCCCGUUUCUGCUGGAAAUGAUUCUUACGCUGAUUUGGACAGACAGUUGAAGAAGACCGCGGAGGAGCUGACCGACGCUUUGGCUUCCAAAGAAGAAAUUGCACAGCGCUGCCACGAGCUGGACAUGCAGGUGGCGGCUCUACAGGAGGAGAAGAGCAGUCUGCUGGCGGAGAAUCAGGUCCUGAUGGAGCGUCUCAACCAGUCCGACUCCAUCGAGGACCUGAACAGCCCGGCCGGACGGCGUCACCUUCAGCUACAGACACAGCUGGAGCAACUCCAGGAGGAGACGUUCAGGCUCGAGGCGGCUAAAGACGACUACCGUAUCCGCUGCGAGGAGCUGGAGAAGGAGCUGCUGGAGGUGAAGGGUCAGAAUGAGGAGCUGACCUCUCUGGCUGACGAGGCUCAGUCGCUCAAGGAUGAGAUGGACGUGCUCAGACACUCGUCCGAUAAGGUGUCUAAGCUGGAGGCUCAGGUGGAGUCGUACAAGAAGAAGCUGGAGGAUCUGGGUGAUUUAAGAAGGCAGGUGAAGCUGCUGGAGGAGAAGAACACCAGCUACAUGCAGAACACAGUGAGCCUGGAGGAGGAACUACGGAAAGCUAACACGGCCCGCGCCCAACUCGAGACCUACAAGAGACAGGUGGUCGAGCUCCAGAACAGACUGUCUGAGGAAUCCAAGAAGGCUGACAAGAUGGAGUUCGAGUGCCAGCGUCUGAAGGAGAAAGUGGACUCGCUUCAGAAAGAGAAAGACCGGAUGAGGACUGAAAGAGACUCUCUGAAGGAAACGAUAGAGGAGCUGCGCUGCGUUCAGGCUCAGGAGGGUCAGCUGACCUCAGGACUGGUUCCACUGGGCACCAACGAAGGCUCUGAUUCACUGGCUGCAGAAAUCGUCACCCCAGAGAUCCGGGAGCGACUGAUCCGUCUGCAGCAUGAGAAUAAGAUGCUGAAGCUGAAUCAGGAGGGCUCAGACAACGAGCAGAUCGCCCUGCUCAAGAGUCUGCUGGAGGACGCCAGCGUCCGGAAGAACGAGCUGGAGACGGAGAACAGGUUGGUGAAUCAGAAGCUGUUGACGGGUCAGAGUCAUGUGGAGGAGCUACAGAAGAGCCUGCAGGAACAGGGAUCCAAAGCCGAUGAUUCAGUGCUGCUGAAGCGGAAGUGUGAGGAGCAUCUAGCUAAAUUGCGAGAUGCGAGUAACGAGCUGCAGAAGAAGAGUGCCCUCAUCGAAGACCUGGAACCUAAAUGUAGUGCAAGUGCCCAGCGGAUCGAGGAGCUGGAGGACGCUCUGAAGAAGAAAGAUGAUGAGAUGAAGCAGAUGGAGGAGAGAUAUAAGAAAUAUCUGGAGAAAGCAAAGAGUGUCAUUCGGACUUUGGAUCCCAAACAGAACCAGGGUUCAGCUCCUGAGGUCCAGGCCCUUAAAAACCAGCUACAGGAGAAGGACAGAAUGCUGCACUCACUGGAGAAAGAGUGUGACAGAGCGAAGUCUCAGAGAGAUCACGAGGAGAAGCUGAUCGUAUCUGCCUGGUACAACAUGGGCAUGGCUCUGCAGAAGAAAGCGGCCGAAGACAGAUUAGCCAGCACGGGUUCCGGUCAGUCCUUCCUGGCACGUCAGAGGCAGGCCACCAGCACGCGGCGCUCCUAUCCGGGCCACGUGCAGCCCGCCACAGCCAGCGACGUAAAGGCAUGAUGAGCCGCUCGGGUUGCCGACGCUGCAUGACGCCGCUGCUUGCAUGACUGAUUUAUAUUUGAGUUCGAUCUGCUCUCGAUAACGAGUCGACACUAACACCUCUCCUGUAACUCCUGCGCUCGUGUUCCGUCCGGAAUCGAUGAGCUGCAUGCUUGUUUUACUAAGCCUCUGCUUUCCCAGCUUGCAACUUACACAGGUGGGCGGAGCCCGGAGGUCACAGGCAGGUCGCGAGAACCUUCAUGAUGUGACUACAAUGAUCAUUGACACUUUUAUGGUGCCUGUUGCAGUGUUAACGAAUAUCAUAUUAUGCAAGAAGUGUUAUUAAUAGGAAUAUAAAGCUUUGCUGGCUUAACUGUCGGCUGAUCUGUAGGUCAAGUUAUUAACUCUUAAUUUUGCUUAUUUAUUCGUUUGGGUUUUUUAUUUUUGCUUUUUGCUUCUUAUUUUAUAUAAAGUGUUAUUUCUGCUUAUUUUCCAUGAACAAACUUUGGAAUGGUGUGUUACCUACUGGAAGCUGGACAGCACUCCCAGCUUCUGUCUUUAUACCAUUGUAUUAAUCACUACGUAAUACGGUUUUAAACAGUCGGUAGGCUAUCGGUCAGAAUGAGGGGAAAGCGCAGUACCUGA